AUGACCAGACAAACUUCAUCUAUUAGAAGAGUAUGUAAAGCAGUUUCUCAAUGUCAUUCUUGGUAUGCACAAGAAAUUGAUCCAAAUUUAAUUAAAAGAUCAUUUAAAUAUUGCGAAAUUUCUGAUGAUAUUAAUGAAUUUAAUAAUCUUAGUAAACUUGAUGAUGAGAAAGUUAAUGACGAAGGUGAUGCCAAUGAAAAUGUAGGAUUUUAUAAUAAUAUCAAUAGGCAAGUUUAUGACAAACAAGAAAUAGUAAAAAACAAGUGA